AUGGAUGCCUUCCGCGGACAGCUAGAACACAUUCCUAUCCCAACCACGUCAUUCCAAGGCCAGACCAUUAUCGUUACAGGGUCAAACACUGGUUUGGGCCUGGAAGCCGCCAGGCAUUUUGUGCGACUUGAUGCAGACAUUGUCAUUCUCGCGGUCAGGUCGUUAGAAAGAGGCGAAGCAGCUAAAGCCUCGAUUGAGGCUUCCACGAAGCGAAAGAACGUUGUGCAGGUAUGGCAACUGGAAAUGGAUAAGUAUGACUCAAUCAAGUCCUUUGCUUCAAGAUGCAAUACACUCGAAAGGCUCGAUGUCGUGGUGGAAAACGCCGGCAUUUUGAGGAAUACCUAUGAAGAGAGUGAGGGGACUGAGAUUACCAUUAAAGUCAAUGUCAUCGGAACAUUUCUCCUGGCAUUGAAUCUGUUUCCAAUCCUUCGAAGGUCAUAUGAAAAGACCAGGCGAGUACCAAGGCUUGUCAUUACUAGCUCUGCAGUUCAUUACAACGGACUCCCUCGCUAUCUUCUUUCCAUCGCCAAGACACUCGUUGCACGCAAGACGGAGGAAGGGUCGCGAACGCUUGUACAUAGUGCUGCUGCUGGAGAUGAAAGCCACGGAAAGUAUAUGAGUGAGUGCAGGGUCAGAGAACCGAGCAACUUUGUUAGAAGUAAGGCGGGUGCAGAGACACAGGCACGUGUGCAUAAGGAACUCAUGGCUAUACUGGAGAGCAUCCAACCUGGAAUUACACAAAACAUUUAA